AUCAAUCUUUAUAAUUAAUAAAUUUAAAAGAUCUAUUAUGACUGAUUCAUCUAAGCCUCAAUUUGUUCUUCCCUCUAUUAAUGAUAAUGAAGGUGGCUGGGGACCUUCUAAUGAUGUCAUCCCUCAACAAUUCCGUGAAAUUCCCUAUACACCUUAUAGCAAGUCUGACAAGUUAGGUCGUGUUGCUGAUUGGACUAAUCCUGACGGGCAAAAGCAAGAUAAUAACCAAACUACUGGUGGUCGUCAAGGUAGAACAGGUUUUAACCGUUUCAACAGAGAACAACAUCAAGCUUAUGGUGCUUCAUUUGCUACUGCAUUUGCUUACUUCCACGGUGAAGAUGAAUCUUCCUUUUCUGUUGUUGAUAAUAGAUCAUCAGGUACUAAGAAGCAAGCCUUAAAGGCCGUUGGUGGUAACAAUGCCCGUACUAGCCGUACACAAACCAAACAAGGUUAUCGUACUGUUAACCAACGACCUACCACUCGUUACCAACAACAAGCUAGACGUAGAUAUGGCUACAAGGAUUAUGAAAAGCCUCAACGUGUUCGUAAUGCAUCAAUCAAUAUUGGUGCUGAUUGGAAGGUUUUGGAUGAAAUUGAAUUCAGUCGUUUAAGUAAAUUGAAUUUCAAUAUUCCUCAAGCCACUAAUGUUGCAAGCUAUGGUUUUGUUAAUGUUUAUGAUAAAGCAUACGACAGAAUCAAUACAAAGAAUGAAAAGAUGCUUACACAUAUUGAACGUGUUAAAUAUGAUAGUACUACAUCUGAAGAUCCAGUUAUUCAACAAUUCAUUCAGGAAAAUAAGGCUACUGUUUUUGCUACUGAUGCCGUUCUUUCACUCUUGAUGUGUGCCACACGUACCGUUUAUCCUUGGGACGUCGUUGUCAAAAAGCAAGCUGAUGGUAAAGUAAUUUUAGACAAACGUCCUGGUGGUGUCUUUGACUUCGUUACUGUAAAUGAAAAUUCAUAUGAUCCUCCUGCUGAUAGUGAUAAGGAGACUAUCAAUUCAUGGUCUGCUCUUUGUAAUGAAGCUACCUAUAUUAAUCAAAACUUCUCACGUCAAGUAGUCGAUUCCAAAGCUGUUGAAAACUUUGAAAAGGCUAAUCCUUUUGCUACAUCUGAGACUGAAGGUGAAUUAGCAUCCUGUGGUUAUCGUUAUCGAUCCUUUGAUUUAACAAACCCUGAUGCUGCUGAAGAUGAAGAAAAGAUUGAAAUUAUUGUUCGUACUGAAGUUGAUGCAGCUAUCAAGACAGGUAACAAGUCAGGUUAUGCUACCAUUCGUGCUUUGAAUGAAUUUGAUCCUACUGCUCAAGGUGCAGGCGGUGCUCUUCCUUGGAAGAAGAGUUUGGAUUCUCAACGUGGUGCGGUUGUUGCUACUGAGAUGAGAAAUAAUGCAGCUAAAUUGGCACGUUGGGCUGUUCAAGCUAUUUUGGCAGAUGCCGAGCAACUCAAGUUAGGUUAUGUUGCACGUUACAAUCCCAAGGAAAACUCUCGCCAUGUUAUUUUGGGCACACAAGCUUAUAAGCCUCGUGAUUUUGCUGCUCAAAUGAACUUGUCAUUAACAAACGGUUGGGGUAUUGUGAAGGCUGUUGUAGACAUGUGUUUGCAAUUGCCUGAAGGUACCUAUAUUAUGAUGAAGGAUCCUAAUAGACCUAUUCUUCGUAUUUAUCAUGUACCCUUUGAAGAAGAUUUGGAAGAAGAUGAGGAAGAAUACGAUGAAGAAGGAGAAGAAGAAGUUGAAGAAGCAGAGCAAAAUUAAGCUCUUUGUUUAUUAUAUAAACUAGAUUAUUAAUAUUUUCUUUUUUUUUUCAAUAUAUCAAAGCAUUUAUAGCAAGCGAUAACUUUUUUUAUAAAUAUUAUUUUAACAAAUUA